AUGGGGGACGAGCGGACGCGCGCCGCCGACGCGGACGAAGGGGAGGCGCACGGAGACGUAGAUGCCGGCACAGAGGCUGCGGACAGCGGGACCGGGGGUUCGCGGAAGCGGAAACAGACGCACGGCGCGCGGAAGAAGGGCGGAGGGGAGAAGGUCCCCGCGCUGGUGAAACAAGGAGGGCGCGCAGCGGUUGUGGUGGGCGGCGGAGCAAUGGUGGCGGCCGCUGCGGGGUCCUCGCUGCUAGAAUACCAGGUGCAAGCCGUGCUGAGGGACGCGCAUGUGGACCUCGCAGCUGUGAGGCAGAGAGGGAAGGGCGUGGUGGCGGGUGUGGACGGCGCGGUGGAGAAGCUAAGAGAAACACUUAGAGCCAUGCCGGAGGGCGAGCAGGUGGCAGCGGGCGCGGCUCUGCCAUACGUGGAGGCAGUGAUGGGGGCGGAGGGGCCUGUCACAGCAGGCGCGGCUCUGCCGUACGUGGAGGCGCUGGUGGGCGCGGAAGGCCCCCAGAGGCGUGUGACAUUAGAUGCGGCUCUGCUGCCGUACGUGGAGGCGCUGGUGGGGGGGGGAGGGCUUGAGAGCCCUGUGAGGAGUCCCACACCCCCCUGCACCGUUCCACACUGCCCCACAUCGCUACAGGUGGCAGUGGGGUGCUGCUGCAGGUGGCAGCAGGCACCAAACCACACCGCACCGCACCGCUCUGCCAUACGUGGAGGCGCUGGUGGGGGCGGAGGGCUUGAGGGCCCUGUGACAGCGGACGCGGCUCUGCCGUACGUGGAGGCGCUAGUGGGGGCGGAGGGCGUGAGGAGCCUCGCCUUCACCUUCCACCGCCCGUCGCACGUGCACGUUGUCGGCAGCUUCGCCCACUGCACCGCUCAUGCUCAUUCACACCCUGCAUCGCACACACAUGCUGGUGGUGCUGGUGGUGAUGGGGGAGAGAGCGGGGAGGGCGGGGCAGCGGGUGUGGGGAGUGUGACAAGGCCGUGUACACAUGUGGACGUGGCUGUGGAGAUGCCUCAGCACUCUCCACUCUACUGCACGCGCUGUGCUGCAUCCGCUCGCACUCACCUCUUCCUCGCCCCAUCCGCCCCCCCUCCCUAUAGGCGUGGUUCCAAGGCGUGCUUCCGGGAAAAGGACAUCUUGAACCACCGCUACUUCGCCAGGCGGGCGCUGUACCUCGCCACGCUGGCACGCCACCUGGUGCAAUGCAAUUGGGUGAUAGCGGUGGAGUGGAGCACUCUGAGGGAUGACGUGUGCAAACCCAUCCUCCUUAUCAUCCCCCGGGCGUGCAAGAGCUGGCCGCUGCGUCUGCUGCCGUGCCUGUCGCCCGCCACCUUCCCCGCCCGCAAGCUCGCCCCCUCACGCAACAACGUGCGCCAAGCUGCCUCUGCUGGUGGGUCUGCCAAGCCAGGUCCGCACUGCAGGUGGGUCUGCCAAGCCACGUCCGCACUGCAGGUGGGUCUGCCAAGCCAGGUCCGCACUGCAGGUGGGUCUGCCAAGCCACGUCCGCACUGCAGGUGGGUGUGCCAAGCCACGUCCGCACUGCAGGUGGGUCUGCCAAGCCACGUCCGCACUGCAGGUGGGUCUGCCAAGCCACGUCCGCACUGCAUGUGGGCUCGUGGUCCCCCCCCAGUCCGGCCUUCCUCCCUGCCGCAUGCUCACGUGUUCACGUGUGGGCUUGCUAAGCCGCGUCUGCAGUGCAAGAUGGGGGAUACCAGGGGCGGGGGAGGGGCUUCCAUACUGCCGGGGGCGGGGGAGGGGCUUCCAUACUGCCGGGGGCGGGGGAGGGGCUUCCAUACUGCCGGGGGCGGGGGAGGGGCUUCCAUACUGCCGGGGGCGGGGGAGGGGCUUCCAUACUGCCGGGGGCGGGGGAGGGGCUUCCAUACUGCCGGGGGCGGGGGAGGGGCUUCCAUACUGCCGGGGGCGGGGGAGGGGCUUCCAUACUGCCGGGGGCGGGGGAGGGGCUUCCAUACUGCCGGGGGCGGGGGAGGGGCUUCCAUACUGCCGGGGGCGGGGGAGGGGCUUCCAUACUGCCGGGGGCGGGGGAGGGGCUUCCAUACUGCCGGGGGCGGGGGAGGGGCUUCCAUACUGCCGGGGGCGGGGGAGGGGCUUCCAUACUGCCGGGGGCGGGGGAGGGGCUUCCAUACUGCCGGGGGCGGGGGAGGGGCUUCCAUACUGCCGGGGAUACUGCCGGGGGCGGGGGAGGGGCUUCCAUACUGCCGGGGAUACUGCCGGGGGCGGGGGAGGGGCUUCCAUACUGCCGGGGAUACUGCCGGGGGCGGGGGAGGGGCUUCCAUACUCCCGGGGGCGGGGGAGGGGCUACCAUACCUGCUCACACACAGCCGCCAUUACUGCCACUUUUUCCCAACCAAGUACCAUGCGCUCUUCCCAUCCCAUCCCACACAUGGCAUGACAGGAGGCGAGCUGAUGGCAACACCACGCUACAACAUGGGUGUGCUGGAGGAUGGCACUCACACGGCCGCCCAUCACCUCGUCUCACAUGCCAUCAACCUUGUGCCCGCCCUGCCCCAUGCUCUCGUGCUGCUCAAGUGCACAUGCCAUGAGGCUGUUGCGCAUACCCCUCUCCUGCGCUCACAUUGUACGGCCGCCCAUCACCUCGUCUCGCAUGCCACAGAGCUUGUGCCUGCCCUGCCCCAUGCGCUCGUGCUGCUCAAGGUCUGGGCUCGCCAGCGGUACGGCACCAAGCGCCACAUGGCACCUGCUGAUUGGCUGAACGGUUUCCAGCUGUCUCUGCUGGCAGCACACCUGGCGUCGCCCCACAACCCCCACCGCCGCGUCAUGCCUGCCAUGUCAGCAUUCCAGAUCUUCCGAUGUGUCAUUGAUGCCAUGGUUAUGUGUGGGGCAUGA